AUGUCACUUCCGGGUGACGUCAUCGCACCGGGGAAGUCGCUGGCCGACGUCCCUGUUUGGCCGUCAGAAGAUGAGGACAACUCUUUCACAAUAACCAGUGAAACAAAUAUGGCCACCAUCUCCAGUCUGAGCCCGGGAAAGAUAUAUGCCUUCCAAGUGCGAGCCCGGACAGCAGUGGGUUAUGGACCCUACAGUGGAAAGAUGUAUUUCCAGACCCUGGUGGGAAGUGAGCGCUCCGUGAUGGUGCAAGACCGACUGCCGCUGAUUGUGGGUUCAGCUCUUGGCGGUCUCGCCUUCCUGGUCAUUGCAGCGAUUGCCAUCCUUGCCAUUGUCUUCAAGAGCAAGCGGCGAGAGACUCCAUACACAGAUCGCUUGCAGCAGUACAUCAGCACCAGGGGCCUUGGGGUCAAAUACUACAUUGACCCCUCCACCUACGAAGACCCCAAUGAAGCUAUUCGGGAAUUUGCCAAGGAAAUUGACGUGUCUUUUGUCAAGAUUGAGGAGGUCAUUGGAUCAGGAGAGUUUGGAGAGGUGUGCUUUGGGCGCCUGAAGCCUCCAGGGAAACGGGAAUACACUGUGGCUAUUAAGACCCUGAAGGCAGGCUACACGGACGAGCAGCGCCGGGAAUUUUUGAGCGAGGCCAGCAUCAUGGGACAGUUCGAGCACCCCAAUGUCAUCCGCCUGGAGGGCGUGGUCACCAAGAGCCGCCCCGUCAUGAUUGUUACAGAAUUCAUGGAGAACGGGUCUCUGGAUUCCUUCCUCCGGGGUGGCAAGAUCCCGAUUCGCUGGACAGCCCCAGAAGCUAUCCAGUAUCGCAAAUUCACAUCCUCCAGUGACGUGUGGAGCUAUGGCAUUGUGAUGUGGGAGGUCAUGUCUUACGGCGAAAGACCCUAUUGGGACAUGUCAAAUCAAGAUGUUAUUAACGCUAUCGACCAGGAUUAUCGGCUGCCACCUCCCCCGGACUGCCCCACUGUCUUGCACUUGCUGAUGCUGGACUGCUGGCAGAAGGAACGGGUCCAGAGGCCCAAAUUUGAGCAGAUUGUUAACGCCUUGGACAAGAUGAUCCGCAAGCCAUCCGCCCUCAAAGCCACAGGCACAGGGAACAGCAGGCCGUCCCAGCACCUGCUGAGCAACUCACCCCCUGAUUUCCCAUCCCUGACCAAUGCCCAUGAGUGGCUGGAUGCCAUUAAAAUGGGUCGCUACAAGGAGAACUUUGACCAGGCGGGCCUGACAACCUUUGACGUCAUCUCCCGCAUGACUUUAGAAGACAUCCAGCGCAUUGGCAUCAGCCUGGUUGGUCACCAGAAGAAGAUCCUCAACAGUAUCCAGCUCAUGCGGGUUCACCUCAAUCAGCUCGAGCCUGUCGAGGUCUGACGCACGGAGCAUCCUUCCAAACCUUUUAAAGGACCCGGAGAUUAAACGAACCUUUUGUUCUAAAAGGGAACCGGGGCAGUAAUUGCCCGAAAUGCCAGGCACCCAUGGGAGGGUGCACGAACUGUUACACUCUAUCACGGAACGGAGCCCUUCGAGGCUUUGUGGAUUUUUUUUUUCUUUUUUAAAAAAGAAAAAUACGUCGAAACACUACCAAACCUGCAGCAUUUAGACUUGGGUGGAAUUGUACAUUGGGGUGGGGUGGGAGUUAUUACACAGGGUAGAGCCGGAAAGAUAGCUUUGGAGAUAGAAACCUACGUGCUGCCCCUUCCAUGCCACUGUGUAGGUCCUGACCCCUUGCAGACAUGUCUGUGGAUCCGCAGGUAGGGCCGGGAGCCUCUCAAAGCGUCACCUGAGCAGCAUCCGGCCAGACUGAGUUCAGAAGAAAGCUGACAGCCUGCGCUGACAAAAGAAUCCUAGCCGGAGUUUUUCUUCCACGGUGGAAUUUGGAUGAAGGGGAGAAGUGAGUUGCCACCUUCGAUUCAGCUGGUUGUGGGAGACCUUGGAUUCCAAGCAGGGGACUUCAGGGGCUCAAAAGAACGCCAGAGUGGGAAGCAAACUGAGAUGUGGAUUAGGAAGGAAGGGGGCGCCACUUGGACUUGGUGCCUUAGGCACGGAAACAUUGGGGAUGGACACAGGUAUUUUCUUGGUCUCACCAUCAGGGCAGAGGGACGGUGGCCUCAUAGGUAUCAGGAAAGCGUACAAAUACGCUGCCGUCAGUGGCUGCCAUCAGGUCAGGUCAGUUGAGUUCGGAAUGUGGUUUGGAAGGAGAUUUCAUGGAUCUUGAACCCAAAUCCCUGUGGGCGGGCAAGAGGGAUGGAAAGCGUCUCAUGGUGAAUGACCACCAAGUCUGUUUUGAAAGCACCAGGAUUACUUCUUUUGCAGUUUCCGACUGGCAAUUCAGACCACAGGAAAUGAAAUAAAACAUUUGAUGGAGAAAUCGGAGCGUGCACAAGGCUUUCUUAGAAAAUCACACAGAUCUCCGGGGUGUGUGUGUGUGACAUGAAUAGUGAGCUUCUGAAAGCUA